AUGAGCACUUUGUCCCCUGGCACGGAGGGAGCCAGCCCUGCCUGCUGGAGCCAGCCCGGUGGGAAGGCAUCCCAGGGGAGCUGGAAUGAGGAGAGCCAUGACAACUGGAGCCGGUGUGACAACAGGCAGUGGAGCAAAGUGCCUGUCCCACUGCUGCUGCUGCUGCUGUGCCUGUGUGGGAGUGGGAAUGGGGCUGGGCUCUGGCUCCUCAGCUUCUGCAUCCACAGGUACCCCAUCACCCCCUAUGUGCUCAGCCUGGCCAUGGCUGGCUCCACCUUCCUGCUCUCCAUCACCAUCACCCUGGGCAUAUUUUCUGUCUCAGAGAGCUUCUGCCACCAGCUGGGCUCGUGGGGUGUGACAGCUGGGCUGAAGGACCCCAUCCUCUUUGCUUUCACUGCCACUGUCUCCUCUCUGACAGCCCUCAGUGCUGUCACAGCUCUGUUUGUCCUCCCAUGUCCUGGGCCCUGCCAGUGCUCCCAGUGCUUCCCGGUGCUCCUAUGUGCCCUGCUCUGGCUGCUCUCCUUCCUGCUCACUGCCACCCUCCAUUGCUGCCCUUUGGUGCCCAUGGCCUUGGUGAUGAGCUGCCCCUUCUCAGAGCUCAGCCUGACCUGUUCUGCUCUGGCCCUGCUGGCCAGGCUCCUGUGCUGCUCAUGGAAACAGCUGCCAGGGAAGCUCUGUGCCCUGCUCCUGCUGCUCCUCAGCAGAGAGAUGCUGGUGAUGCUGGUGUCACUGGAGUGCUGGCAGUACCUGCAGUGCUGGUGA